AUGAAAGUCUCAGGCUGCUGUGCUCAAGCGCAGGGGGACCAAGACAACAAAGCCUCCUUUCUGCAGGAGAAGAUGGAGCAGAGGGAGAAAGAAGGAUCUCGCCAGGCAAAGGUGAUCUUGGAGAGGGUCCUGGUCAAGCACCACGAGGAGCGCGAGAAUAUCUUUGACCGUUGCCCUACUAACCCCGCGAAAUGCAUCCCGGCGAUGUCUCCCCGCCGUCGGAGUCCCCCACGCCGCCGGUCUGCCGGUGGUGGCGGCGGUGGCGGUGGCGGUCUUGGUGGAUUUUUGGGGGGCGCUACCGACUGGGCAUCGCAGGCUUUGGGCCAACUGCAGGCCGGCCUCCCAGAUUGUACGGUCACACCGCCCAAGUUCGAGCUGAAGAAGGACAACAUGGAAGUGAGUUUAUUCAAGGCUGAUUGCACGCUCAUCGCUGGGGGCAAGGAGAUCAAGCUCUUUAGCCUUGACUUCAGCAACCUGAUCAAGGUGCCUUGGCCUGAACCUCUUGGAACCAUAUUCAAGUCCAUCUCGGCCGUGACGUCCCUCGUGAAGCUUGGCGAGAAUCUCGUAAGCUGCGCCACAACGUCGGCGACUGAUGUCGUGAAGUGCUUGGGCAACAGCAUCAUUGCAAAUGUGCCCCCCUUCAGUCAGUUGACUCAGCUGGGCGACGUUCUCCUAAAGUGCGAUACGACGUCGGGGACUGAUACCGUGAAGUGCCUGGGCAACAGCAUCAUCACAAAUGUGCCCCCCUUCAGUCAGUUGACUCAGCUGGGCGACGUUCUCCUAAAGUGUGAUACGACGUCGGGGACUGAUACCGUGAAGUGCCUGGGCAACGGCAUCAUCACAAAUGUGCCUCCCUUCAGUCACUUGACUAACCUGGGUGACAUUCUCGUAAGCUGCGCCGCAACGUCGACGACUGAUAUCGCGAAGUGCCUGGGCAACAGCAUCAUCAACAAUGUGCCCCCCUUCAGUCAGUUGACUAAGCUGGGCGACAUUCUCGGUGACUUUCUGGGAGGCUUCGCCAAGGUGGCAGGCACGGUGGCAGGGCAUGUCUUGAAGGGAGGCUCCUCCUUGAUCCAAGAGGCCGCCCUCUCGAAGUUCCCGGCUGUGGGGGCUUCGCCGGUUGUGCAUCAUUCAGGCCACAGCCUCGUGAUCAAAACCCACAGCCGAAAGAACCAGAUGAAGGCUAAGAUGUCGACCCUUCAGAUGAGGGGGGACGACGAUCCUCCCAACGACGGUAUCAGCUUCAAUCUCCACGACGAAGGGAGCAACUACCAAUCCAAGUUGGUAACACAGUUCCAGGGCUACGAGAAGGACACGAGCUCCUGUUUGGCUUUCGCCCCGAAGAGCAAGCACGGCACUAACGGUCAGGCGACGGAAGCAGACUGGCAGGUGCAGACUGAGGACACAUUCGUUGCGCUGGAGCCUUGGGCCGUUCCGUGCGGAAACGAUUGGAUGAAGAGGAACUGGAACAAGUGGCAAGGCUAUUCGUUCUACAUGGGCGAGUCGGCCAUUGAAAGGUGCAUGACGGUAACGUACGGCAUCAAUGUCCAGCCCGUGGUGGCCUUUGUGGGCGGUGUGCAGUUCGACGUGAUGCCCGAGCCACUGGCAUCGGUGGACACGACGGUGUGCUGGCCAGACGGCAGGCCUGACGGUCAGGACCUGAGCUUGUUGCGAACCGAGAUCAAGUCCAGUGGCGUUCUGCUCUUUGGCCGAUCCCUCCGCCUGAGCAAGCGCUUCGGCAGUCCCACGGAUUUUGAAGGGGAGCACACGCACGCCAGCAUGGGAACUUGGCAGGGCUCCACCAACCCGCAGCAAGAAAUCUCCAGGACGAAGCUCCUCCAAACGAGCCAGAACGAGACUCGCCAGACAGCGUCCGGCGUGCGGGACGAGGGUGUGCUGGAAUGGAUGGAGGAGGAGGACUUUUACUUGGCCUCCGCAAACUACUCCGACCUGGGGAUGAACUUGACCUCAGAACUGCGUGGUGCAGCGGCGGCAAAGCACCUGAGCCUUACUGCCACCAGGGCGCAGGGAGGCUUCCAGCUCUUCCACUUCAACUUCGCGAAAACCGGGAUGGUGAACUUCCAGCUCAAAGCUCUUCUCGAUGGGACCAGCCUGGAGCUGCGAACCCAGUUGGGCUUCACCGAUCUCUUCAAGUCCGAAGAGAGGAAGUUGAAACUGGUGGACAUUGUGGAGCAAUUUGCCGCGGUGCUGCACGCCCUCCCAUUUGUGGCCCCAAUAAGCAGAGACAGAGCCCUCAAUGCCCUCAAGGACUUCGCCACCAAAGACGUGCCAGCGCCCCCGCCGCCCAUCGUCUUGAGGCCUGGCUCGACCGUCUACAUCUACAACCACUUCUUCCAACGGUACUUGAACAUUGGUCCCCACACUCACAUGGCGCGUGCUGGCGGAAAGGACGAUCGUGCACGUUGGACUGUGGUGGACGCAGGAGAUGGGGAGAUCGCACUGCACAAUCAGCAAACGGGGCGCUUCCUGAUGAUGUCCGAUGCGGACAUUUGGGGUCAUCCUGCUGCCGCAAGCCACUUGCAUCGAAGUUGGAGCAGUACGAGGUUCACUGUGGUCCCUUCACCGGUGAGUGGACGGUUUGGGCUGUACAAUAAGCACGUCAGCCGGUUCGUGUCGGUGGGGCCCGGCGACGCCAAUGUUAGUCCGGAAAUUCAGGCCAAGGACUUCCCAGCAGGAUGGACCCAUCAGCGGUUCGAAUUUAUCGUGUCCGACCCCUACCUGAAGCCGGGCACGAAAGUAGGACUCUACUCGCAUCACAAGAGCUGGCUGCGCAUGCACAACAACUACAUGGACACUGCGGCGCAUGUCGGACUUACCCCGGCGAUCUUCCAAGCCCACGCUGCCACGUACACAUGGGAGACGUUCGAGGUGGUGGAUGCCGGGAGUGGCGAGAUUGCUCUCUACAGCCCGAAGUGGGUGCGGUUCGUGGGGGUGACGUCUGACGGCAAGACCCACUCGACGGACCACAAGGCCGCCCAUGAGCUCCCAGCCGACUGGACUUCGGAAAGGUUCGCCGUGGUGCCCCUCGGCAAUGGCCUCAUUGGCUUGCACAACCCUCAACACAACCGGUUCCUGCGCGCAACACCGCAUGGAGGCUGUGACGCCAGUGAACCAAAGUCGCCAGCUGACAUGCCUGACUGGUGGACGUGGGAGCGAUGGCAAGUGGUCGAGCUGCCCGGCAGCAGCACACCUACCAGCAGCGCGACACUCCCAAAUGGCUGGGACUUCGGCGCUGCGCGCUGA